UAUCUUCUUCCCCAAAUUUUCUUUCCGGUACAAAAUCGAAUAAACACAAAGCCCUAUCCUAGGUUGAAACAGAACGAAAUUUCUUUCAGUAGUCUAAUUGUGGCGCUGUUCUCUAAUUUGCAAUGAUAAAGUUAACAAGAGUUUCAGGAAAAGAUGGAAGUGCUAAGGAGGAGUUUCUGAAUGUUCACAACUACGUCAGAAUCGAUAGUCCUGAGGAUUUGAAAAGGGCACUUGCAGCCGGAGCUGAUAAAGAGGAUAAAGAUUCCAUUGGAAGGACACCUUUGCAUAACGCAUGCUCACUUGGUAAGGUGAAGUGUGCUCAGGUCCUCCUCGAGGCUGGAGCAGCAGUGGAUGCUCUGGAUAUUAGCAAAAGUACUGCUCUUCACUACGCUGUUGGUUGUGGAUAUCAAGAGUGUGUGCAACUACUUUUGGAUAAUGGCGCUGAUGUCAAUCUCCAGAACUCGGAAGGCAAGACUGCAAUCGAUGUUGCCAAGCAGUUCAACCGCCGGGAGAUCCUGAAGCUGCUUGAAAAGUAUGCUUCUGCUUAACUGUGUCUCGGGUGUCGUAUCUUAGAUCAGUCCUAUACUUGUGUAAACCAUAUUUUCCUAUGUAACAACAGUAUUUUAGAGUUUGGAUCUUUUGUUGAUUUAUUUAGAGGUUUUAAUAUAAAUCAAAUUUUGUUCAAUGGGCACAUAUAGUUAGCGUGCCCAUUUGUUUCCUGUUUUGUACAUAUUUUAUUUCUUCCAUCAACAAAAGAAAAAGAAAAUGUU